GCGGCGGAGGUGGGGCCGCGCCCGGCGGGCCGGGCCUGGGCUGGAGCCUGGCGGGAUUCCCUGCCGGAGCCGCAGCCGCAGCGAGAGCCGCAGCCGGAGCCUCCGGGAGCCGGAGCUGAAGCACCGGCGCUGCCGAGCCGAGCCGAGCCGAGCCGAGCUCGCCGCCUGGCACCGGCUGGCGCGCGAGCCGGCGUGUCACCCUCACCGCCUGGGUACUGGCGGAAGCAGCGAGCCGCAACCCCUCGGGCUCCCCCGGGCGCGGAGCCCUGACCGCCUCUGCUAGGCCUGGUCACGGCCUGAGCACGCAGGAGUUCCGGGGGUCUGGAUCCCCACCCUAACGGACUGGGGACCGAAGAGAAAAAGGAACGAGGAUUCCAUCUUAACAGCACAGCGUGGGCACUAGGCGCGGAGGAGAGUGGAGACCUCACCUGGCACGGGCCAGAGGUGCACGGAGCUUAUUAGGCCGGGCUUGAGCAUCGGAGAGCCUGGCACCUCAGCAGCCACGACCUUGGCUCUGCCCUGUCUGAGCCGACAACACUCCUCUCAGCUCCCAGACCUCGGCUGGCACAAGUAAGCGGUGCUUUCCCUGUCUGAGCCUGGGGACAGGAUCUGAGGAACCAGGAUCUGGCGGGGGGCCUAGAGCUGGUCACUGGGCAGCCCGCCUUCUGCCCCAGUCCCACUGGUGCGGAUGUGCCACUGCCCGCUGGAGCACCAUGACGGCAGGAUGACCUCAGUUGAAGCAGCAGCAGCAGCUGGUGGUGCUCGGGUGGCUAGGCCCCUUGAGUGGCCUCGGGGCAGCCCCCAGACCCUUGGGCAGCCUGGCCAAGCCCGGGUGGCCGUGGCAACACUGGUGUGGCUGCUGGCAGGAGCCAGCAUGUCAAGCCUCAACAAGUGGAUCUUCACUGUGCACAGCUUUGGGCGGCCCCUGCUGCUGUCAGCACUGCACAUGCUGGCGGCAGCGCUGGCAUGCCACUGGGGAGCCCAGCGACCCAUGCCAGGUGGCACCCGCCGCCGAGUGCUGCUGCUCAGCCUCACCUUUGGUACCUCCAUGGCCUGUGGCAACGUGGGCCUGAGUGCUGUGCCCCUGGACCUAGCACAGCUCGUCACCACCACUACACCACUGUUCACGCUGGCCCUGUCAGCGCUGCUGCUCGGCCGUCGCCACCACCCACUACAGAUGGCUGCCAUGGGCCCCCUCUGCCUGGGGGCUGCCUGCAGCCUGGCUGGAGAGUUCCGGGCACCUCCCACCGGCUGUGGCUUCCUGCUGGCGGCCACCUGUCUGCGAGGUCUCAAGUCUGUUCAGCAGAAUGAGGAAACUGCCACCUGGCUUCGGAGGAGGCAGAAACUGAGGCUCAGCAAGGGUCAACAGCUCAGUGAGUUCCAGGGCCCAAACUGAGGCUCUGGAGGCCCAAUCAGUAUUCGAUAGCAGUUGCCAGUGAUCUGUGUCCCAUACUUUGUCAAGCCCUUUGUCUCUCAGAUCCCCCUACUGCCCCUGAUCAAGGUAGGUACUAUAUUGUCCCCAUCUGAUAAAGAGAUGCAGGGGCUUGCCGUGAGCCAUGUGGCCAGAGAGCAGCAGAAGCAAGAUUUGAACUAGGCAGUCAGACUCCUGUUGUCCAAGUGAUGUAGAGAGGAAAAAGAGCGAGAGCCAGGCCUUGGGCUGGGGUUUGGAAGGCAAGGGCUUCAACUAGGACUGGAAAAACUGAUGUUUACUGGGAGCUACAGUGUGCUGAGUGUUGAACUUGAGUUGUCAUGGCAACCACCACCUUCAUCCCCAUUUUACAGAUGAUGGGACUGAGACCCAGAGAGGUUCAUGAUUUGCACAUGGUCACAUGGCUCCUACGGACUUGAAGCCUGGUCUGUGUGACUCCAGACACUGGCUCUGAUGAAAGGGGGCUGUGGGGCUCUGGGCAGGGUAAGGCCAAGGCUCUAGGCCUAGAGCUUGCUAGAUCAUUCUGCCUGAGGGUGGAGGCUGGCUUUCUGCCUGUCCUACUAAGGGGCAUCUGAGUCACAGCCCCCACCCUCUCUCCGCCUUAAACCAAGGAAGGCAUGGGGGAGGCCAGGGCGCCCACUUGGGGUGAGGAGGUCUGCAUUCCAGCCGUAACUUUGCUCAUACUUGCUGGCUGACCUUGGGCAUGUCUGAUCUUAUCUGAGCCUCAGUCUCCCCAUCUGUUCAGUGGAGGAGGGUCAGAGUUGAUGGAGUCCAGAGGGCCUCCUGCUCUCCCCUCUUGCUCCGAGAUACCAUGAUGCAGGCCUGAGAGAAGGAAGGGGAAUUCUGGGGGUGCUUGGCUGGGGUUGGGGGCAGCUAGUAGCCAGAGAAGCUUGAAGUCAGAGUCCAGCCCUGCCCUGGAAUCUUUAGAGCUGGGACCCAGAGGCCCUGUCCCCAUCCUCCCAGGCCAUGGGGCAGGGCCAAAGCCCAGUUCUAUUUUUGCCCACAGGUUACAUGAGAGCUGGGGACUGAGCUGGGGCAUGACUCUGGGCAUGAGUCGGCACUGGGAAACCUGACUCUGUGGGGCCCUCCUGGGCAGGGCCAUGAGGCUGUGAAGGCCCCAGCGUCGAGGCCCACACUGCGCCUCCUGAGGCCAGCGCUCUUCACACAGGGACCCAGGCAGCCCGGCCUGCAGGAGAGGCUACAGCUGGCCAGGCCUCCUACACGUGGGCAAAGAGUGGCACGUGCCUGGCAUCUGGCCACUUCUUGGCUUCUGCCGGCUCCCUCCUUCCCUCCCAAGCCUCAACUGCCUGACUCCUGGGCAGGUCGGGAGUUUGCUCUGGGCUCCCACAGCCUCUCUGCUUCCCCCAUUGUGGCUCUGGAGGCCCUGUCUCAUCCCAUGUGGUCACCUGUCUGCUUCCCACAGGUAACACCUUGGGGCAAUUCUGUGUCCCCAAAACCUCACCUGGGGGCCUUGCACAGAGCAGUACUCGUUAAAUGAUGACAGCUCUGACGGCCGGAUUGAUGGGCUGGUUAGACUGCGUGGCUCAGGGUGCUAAGGAGGGUGCUUAGAGGCUGGAGGUCCCGCUAACAGAGAUGCAGAGACAGAGAGGAACAGACUGGAGCCAGGGGCUGAGAUGGGUUUAGAACAAGAGCAGGUUUCUACUGCCAGGGGCUCCGGGAGAGGGCCAGCCACAGACCAGAGUGUAAAUGGCGGACGCCGGCUCCCUUCCUGAAAGUGGAGUCUGUGGGAGCAGAAGGCAAGAGUCCAGGAAGAGAAGAGCCCAAGCAGCUGUGGGCAGGGCUGGUGGUUCCCCUUCUACGUGGGCUAGUUGCAGGGGAGAGGGGCAAUGCCACCUUCCUACCCACAGCGCGGCUGGGAAGCGGGGUGCCAGCUUGCUGAGCCCAUUCUCAGCGGGCCCCAUGUGUGUCACAGAGCAGCAUGGCUCUGAUUCUGGCCUCUGAGUGCUCAGGCUGGAUUGGGGAGACCACAAUGGGUGAAGGUCUAGAGCCAAGGGAGUCACAGGUAUGGUGGGCACAGUUGCUUCUUCCUGGGGAGCCCUGAGAAGGCUGCUUAGGGGACAAGGUGUGCAGUGAUGAUGAUAACAAUGACGCAAUCAUGACAGCGGGCACUUGUGGAGGCCCCCCCAGGUGCCCAUACUGACGGAGCAGGAAGGGUGCUGUGGGUCUGAGAAACAGGCCGUGCCGGGGCACGGGGUGUCAGCCAGCAGGAGCGGAGUGUGAGGGUCAUGCCAGCUGCCAGGUGAGCAGCUACCACUGGGCAUCAGGCUCUGUGUUCAGCACGUCACAUGCCCCUGUGAGGGGGGUGUUGUUGCCCUCCCCCAUGGCACACAAGGAGACUGAGGCAUGGAGAGAGGGUGACUUGCCUAAUGUCACACAGCUAGUGAAGGAGCAAAGGGGAGAAGGCAGUGGAGUGGACGGGGUUUGCAGAAGGGUCAGUUGCUGGCUGCAGGUGGCAGAAGCUUGAUUCUGAUGGAAGGGGGCGGGGAUUAGCAGGAUAGGGGGCGCUGAGGAGGCAAGAGGACAGGCUGACAUUUUGGGAGCCCCAAGAAGGGGUGAGUCACCCCUGAUAGUGGAUCAAUGCCCUUUCCCUGGGCUGCAGGGAGGGGAGGUGGAGGGCUGGGUGGCAUGCACAGCAAGCCAGGGGAUGGAUGGGGAGGUUAGAACCUUCCUGCCUGGCUGCCUUGCAGAGGGUGAAAUUCACCAAAGGGGAAGUUCACCUGAAACCCCAAACGCCUUCCUGGAACGGGACCUUCCACAUGCAGGCCACACGCAGCUCAUAACAGUGCUAAAUUUGGAGCCAACGAGCAGGAGGUAUUCUGAUUAUCUGUUCAUUUCUAGAAACACUUAUGCUGGAGGAACUGUUGCCUAGAGAACAAAGCCAAACAUCAGAAUGAAAUCAAGAAAGAAGUAAAAUGUCCUAUUCUAAGCGUAGCCUAUGAGUAAGCAUCCCUUUGGCUCCUUGGAAAGUGUGUGUCAGAAAAUGCAGAGAUUCAGAGAGCCCUGGGAGGGAGCCUGUAUUCAUUACUCAUCCCUCUCCACGAAAACUUGGAGUGGGUCCCACGCCAUCAUUGCCCUUGUGCAAAUACCGUCAGUCACCUGGGCUGUAUGUGACUGUGAUCGCUUCUCCUUUGUGAAUUGGUGGGUGGUAGCACAUGGACUCACAGGCACACCCGGGCACACGUUCAAGCACAUGCAUGACGUCAGGGUUCCUCUUUCCUUGCAGAGGUAAAAGGUUUCCUCUUAGUCCUGGAUUCAUCUCCACCAUGUCCCAGUGUUGGUUGCAAAAAAAUGCUGAUUAUCAGUUAUAAACAGUGCGUGUUAGCCAAGAGCCCACAAUGACUUUCUUGUUUCCUUGUCAUUCCCGGGGUCAUAAGCGAAUGAAGCAAUGAAUGGACCAACCAUUUUGACUCAAACAAUUUAUUAUUUGAAAACUCUUCCUCUUCUUCUUUUAACGUAAAGGCCACAUAGCUAGUAAGUGGCAGAGCGAGGACCCUCUGCUGGCCCCUCCCUGCUAUGGGGGCCGGAACUGCAGUGUGGGGUUCUGGUGGGGAUGAUAAGGGCCGAGGCCACAAAAGGUGGUCAGGACCACCGGGUGCAGGGUCUUCACGGCUGUUUUAAGAAUCUAGGACUUUUUCCUCCAGGGCUGGGAUAGCACCUGAAGAAUUUUUCUUUUCUGGAGGCACUUUUUGUGUUUGUCGAUCCUUUGGAUCUCCCAAGCAAGAUGAUUGUUUCAGCCCGUGGGAGAUGGCUUGUAGUAAGAGACUUAUUUAUUUAUUUUACAUUAACUGAGAAUUGGCCUUAUAAGGAUAUGUUCUCUCUUAAAAUCUUGACAACAACCCAUGUGUUAGGCUUUACGAUUAUCCAACUUUCUACAUGAGGAAACCGAAGCUUCCAGAGGCUUCCCGUGCCUCUUGUUGAGAGACCAGGUCACAGCUAAUCAGAAGUGGACACAGGUCACAAACGUAGGCGGUUUGACUCUGAUGCUUGACUGUUGCGUUUCAGAGCAGGAGCCACUAACCCUGGCCGAGGGAUCGGGGUAGGCUUCUUGGAGGAUCGGCCAUGGAGGUCGUACUGGGUUGGCCGAGUGGCAGUUGUCUCCCCCUGGGUGCUGAUGGUCGCUGUCCUGG